AUGCGACUUGGGGCUUCUCCGGGGCCCACCACAUACCCUGCUGCAGCAGCAGCAGCAGCAGCAGCUGCUGCUGCUGCUACUCGCCCUUUUGCACCAGGGCCGCUGUAUGCAGCAGCAGCAGCAGCAGCACCCCCACCUGCUCCGCUCCUCAUGAGCCCAGCGGGGACGCCGCUGCUGCCAGCUCUGCCGCAGCAGCCUAUAGCAGCAGCAGCAGCAGCAGGUCCUCCUGCAGUCUCUGCAAUGCCUACAGGUGCAGCAGGAGCAGCAACAGGAACGCCAGCAGCAGCAGGAGCAGCAGCAGCAGCAGCAGCAGAAGGUAGUAGUGUUGGGGGAGGCGGCGGCUCCACGAGGGGGCUGAGGGCCCGGGGCCGCAGCGCAGCAGGAGCAGCAACGCCGCAGCAGCGAGGCAGCAAAUCCUCGUUUCACUCUUCUGAAGCAGCAGCAGCAGCAGGAGAGACGCCUGGUGCAGCAGCAGCAGCUGCUGCUCCUCCUGCAGCAGACGGUGUUGCUGCUGCUUCUGCUGCAGCAACCCCAGCAGCAGGAGUGAGCGGGCGCGACACGGCGAAGGGCCCGUGUGGCGGCAGCACGUCGAAGAAGUCUCCUAGCAGCAGCAGCAGCAGCAGCAGCAGCAGCAACAGCAGCAGCAGCAGCAGCAGCAGCAGCAGCAGCAGCAGCAGCAGCAGCAGCAGCAGCAGCAACAGCAGCAGCAGCAGCAGCAGCAGCAGCAGCAGCAGCAGCAGAGGGAGCCGUGUACAGUGGAGCCGCUUCGAUGGGCUCUUUCGUCGCGUCCCCUUGGGGCCGUUUGCUGCUGAGGUUUCUCGCACGUUCAGGGAGGGGGCGGAGAGGCAGCAGGCGCUGCAGGAAGCAAAAGCAAUAGAAGCAACGCUGCUGCAGCCGGCUUGCUGCCCUGCUGCUGCUGAUCUGCUGCUGCCAGCAGAAGAAGACCUCAACGCGCUGCAGCAGCUGCUAGACCUUCACGCCCAGCUGCUGAAGGAGGCGCGUGAGAGAGCCGCAGCAAGAAAACAAACCAACUGCAGCAGCAGCAGCAGCAACAGCAGCAGCAACAGCAGCAGCAGCAGCAGCAGCAAGGAAGCAGCAGACUAUGAUAUGCCGAUCACUGCACUCAUUGACUUUGGCUCUGUUGCUGCCUGGUGCUGCUUCGAGUUCAAAGGAGACAAAAAAGGAGACAGAAGGGGGGGGGGAGACAGAACAGCUCAGCUGCUAGACAGCCUCUGCAGCAGCGGCAGGACCGCCCCACACAGCAGCAGCAGCAGCAGCAGCAGCAGCAGCAGCAGCAGCGGGGACUGCAGCAACGGGAACUUCGUGCUGGAUGAUGCAGCGAUAAGAGAAUAUCUCCGCAAGGUGGUGGCGCCAGCAUUGGCGCAGCAGAAGGGUGAGGGUGCAGCAGGUGCUGCUGCAGCUGCUGCAGCAGCAGCAGCAGCAGCAGCAGCAGCAGCAGAAGCAGAAGAAGACAGCCCGAGAAGCAACAAAUACGAAGCACUCGCGUCUCAGCUGUCUGUGAGAGCCUUCAGAACCCUCACCAGCUACCAGCUGGCCUUCUGCCGCCGCCACCUGCAGCGGGUGCAGCUAACAGCAGACGGAAAGGCCCCCAACCUCAAGGCGCUGCUGGAGCAGCAGCUGCAGCAGCAGCAGCAACAGCAGCAGCAGCAGCAGCAGCAGCAGCAGCAGCAAAAGCAGCAAGAAGCAGCAACGAAAACCGGUGAACUCACAGCAGCAGCAGCAGAAACAGAAACCACGCAGAAGAAGCUCGGCUCACUCCACGGUGCACCAACAGCAGCAGCAGCAGCAGAUAACGCAGCAGCAGCAGCAACUGCAGCAACAGCAGCAGCAGCAAAAGGAUCUGCUGAGAGGAACGGGGACUCAGGGCCCCCUUCAAAAGCCGAGGGAAACGACAUGCAAGUAGACACAGACGCACCAAAGACAGAGCUGCAGCAGCAGCAGCAGCAGCAGCAGCAGAAGCAGCAGCAGCAAAAGCAGCAGCAAAAGCAGCAACAAAAGCAACAGCAGCGUGCAUCUCAAGAAUCUAUGAGCAGCAGCUGCAGCAACAACGGAGCAGCAGCAACAGCAGCAGCAGGAGCAGCAACAGGAGGGUCUAUCUGUCCUUCUUCCCCUUCUCCUGCUGCAACCGAAGCGCCUGCAGCUACGCCAGCUGCACACCCCAGCACCAGCAGCAGCAGCAGCAGCAGCAGCAGCAGCAGUGGGGGUGCGGCGUCGCUGGUAGAGGUUGCGGGCCAUCGAUGGUAUUGGGGCUCCGCGGGAGACAGCAAGGAGACGGGGGACUUCGUUGGCGCGCAAUGCAUGCAGUUCAUACAGGUUCGUCUCGGGUGUACGUACACCUGA